GAUUGACAAAAGCUGAAUCCCAUAAACCCAACAAACUAGUUUUAGUCUCGGAAUUUGGCGUGUUACAAUCGCUUAAAUUCUUGAAUGGCAGACGACUUCUGGACUGCUUCACAUUUUAAGCAUGGAUGGUUUGCACAAGUUUGUACUGUUCUUCACUGAAAAAAAAUCUGCAAUAGUCUAUGGUUUUUUGGCACUGAUGACUGUAGGUGGCCAGCAAUUGUUUUCUCUGGUUGCUUUCAAGUGUCCAUGCAGCCACCAGAACCUCAUUUAUGGAUGUGUGUUCCUCUUUGCUCCUGCAUUAAUACUUCUGGUCAUAGCAUAUUUCUUGGACAACAGGACAUGGAAGCUAUAUACUGGAUGUUGUCUGAACCCAAAGAAGAUGUUCCCAACAGGAAAUUCUUUUUACUGCUUCUUUGUUUCCUUACAUCUCACAGCUAAUGCUUUUAUAGUUCCUGUAAUGUGGAUUGCGAUUGCCUUGCUUAAUGGGACUUUCUAUGCAUGUGCUAUGAGUGGUUGGCAGAAUCCAGAGUUUGUUCAGUUUCUGUGCAACAAUAAAUCCAGCAACUGCCCCAGAGAUCUAUUCAAAGUCACCUGUGGCAAUACAUCAAUGCCGGCUACGGACUCAAUAGAAAUAGCAAGGAUUCUGCAAGCUCAGUCUCAGGUUCUCGGUUGGUGGCUGAUCACUGUAACAUCUGUCGCUUCUCUUUUACUCACCUGUUAUGUCAACUGUCGCUCAAAAGUCAGUUCCCUACAAACAACAUUCUGGAGAAUAUAUAUGGGAAAAGAAAAAGAAAAAUUUGAUCAACUGGCACAAGAAUAUGCCACAAAACUUGCCGAGAGAAAUAUAAGAAGCUUCUUUGAGAACAAGGAACCAGAGGUCUUUGAAAUGCCAGACAACAAGUCAUGGGAGGAAGUUUCUUCCUUGUAUUAUUCACUCAACACCACGCAUCAGUAUUACAGUACUUUGCAUAGGUUUGUAGAACGAGCUGAUAAAGUCAGUCGAUCCUCAAGUGAAGAAAUCAUAACCAGUGCGGAUGGAGAACAGGAAAUUAUUUAACUAUUAUUUGAAUUACAAAAGAGAUCAUGGAAACAGUGUAUAAAUAACACUAUAUCUGGGACUCUGGAAAAUAUGUGAUUCUCUGUAUACACAGCUUGAUGCUGAUGUGCUUAUUUGGAGUCUAUAUAUCCAAGUGCCCUGAUGCAACAUCUUGUUCAUAAGAUAUAGAGACAGACACGGGGCAUGACUAGUGCUAAAUUACCUCUUCUUUUCAUGUAGUAAUAGCACAACAUAGCAAAAAGAACAUAUACCAUUUACUGUAAUUUUCUUAUUAUAUUCUUAAUUUCUUUGAGAAUUGAAUUCCUCAACCCAUACUUUCUACAGAAAAAAAAUGCCUAUAAGACUAAAACAAGAGUGAUAUACAUAAAUACUCUAAAGGCAUUUUGCCCACAAAAACCCUCAUUAACUACUGUGUUGCCCGUACCAUCUAAAGGAACUGUACAGCGAAAACCCACGAGAAAAGGAUGAAAACAGCAGCGGCACUAGAAUGAAAAAAAAAGAUACACGGUCCUACUAAAUCCAUAAAGAGGCCAAUAUGUUACCCUUUCUUUCUUCAUUGCAUGCACAGGGGUUGGGGGCAGGAAAUAAACAGGCGUCGCUCA